AUGCUCUCCAAGGCUUUGUUUUUGUCCGCGGCUCUGGCCCCUGUCGCAUUCGCCGAGGCUCCCUCGCCCUCGCCGGUCACCAAGACUCUCACCCUGGCUCCAGCAGGCUACACGCCUCCGCUGCCUACUCCGACGCCUCCCUCAACCUCGAAGCCUCACCGGUCCACCAGCACCCCUUCGUCUUCGGUUACUCCGAGCCGGACUCCCCGCUCCUCCACGGCUCUGGUCGCCAGCACCAGCUCUGUCGCGGCCGAGCCAUCCACCGAGACCAGUGCGACCACUAUCCCGACCUCGACCUCUGUGCCGGCCAACGGCGCAGCUUCCCUCCACAAGCCAGGCGCCAUGGCCGCUGGUGCGAUGGCCCUCGCUGGUUUCCUGCUGGCAUAA